GCGAGCAUGCGCAGGUGGGAAGAACUCGUCCGCUUUAGCGCUGUUUGUCAAACUGUCGUCAGGCCGGGCGGGGAAGGUGGCGCCUGAUGCCUGCUGGGAGUUGUAGUUUUACGAGACCAAGUUUGCGCUUCGUUUUGCGCAAAAUCCAAGAGCCGUGGACUACAUUGCCCAGGUGCCAAACUGAGACGGAGCGGGCGAGGGAAUCUCCGCCCCUUUUUGAUUGCCUUCCCAGCGGUGCUCUUUUUCCCUUUCAUUGCUGGAGCUGUGGCUGUGCUUAGAGGUGACCUCGAGGAGCAGAAGUGGUCAUUUCUCCUGUUCUCGCCAUGUCUGAACCAAUCAGAGUCCUGGUGACCGGAGCGGCUGGGCAAAUUGCCUACUCUCUGCUCUACGGCAUUGCCAAGGGUGAUGUUUUUGGCAAAGAUCAGCCCCUGGUUCUUCUACUCUUGGAUAUCACUCCAAUGAUGAGUGUAAUGGAUGGCGUAUUAAUGGAACUGCAAGACUGUGCUCUCCCACUGUUGAAAGAGGUCAUUGCAACAGACAAAGAAGAUGUUGCAUUUAAAAACCUUGAUGUAGCCAUUCUGGUUGGCUCUAUGCCAAGGAAAGAGGGCAUGGAACGAAAAGAUUUACUGAAGGCCAAUGCGAAGAUCUUCAAGUCCCAAGGCGCAGCACUUGACAAGUACGCUAAGAAAACGGUUAAGGUCAUUGUGGUAGGCAAUCCAGCAAAUACCAACUGUCUGACUGCAUCAAAAUCUGCUCCAUCCAUCCCCAAAGAGAACUUCAGCUGUCUGACUCGUCUGGACCACAACAGAGCGAAAUCCCAGAUUGCUCUGAAAGUCGGCGUGACCGCUAACGCUGUGAAGAACUGCAUCAUCUGGGGGAACCACUCUUCCACUCAGUAUCCUGACGUUAACCAUGCCAAGGUCAAAGUGCAAGGCAAAGAGAUUGGCGUCUAUGAAGCUGUGAAAGAUGACAACUGGCUCAAGAGGGACUUCAUUGCGACGGUCCAACAGCGGGGUGCGGCAGUUAUCAAGGCCCGGAAGCUGUCGAGCGCCAUGUCUGCAGCCAAAGCCAUCUGCGAUCACGUGAGGGACAUCUGGUUUGGCACUCAAGAGGGUGAAUUUGUGUCCAUGGGAGUCAUUUCUGAUGGGAAUUCGUACGGUGUCCCCGAGGAUCUGAUAUACUCCUUCCCGGUUGUCAUCAAGAAUAAAACAUGGAAGUUUGUCGAGGGCCUCCCAAUCAACGACUUCUCUCGUGAGAAGAUGGAUCUGACCGCCAAGGAGCUCAUGGAGGAAAAGGAGAUGGCCGUGGAGUAUCUGUCCAGCGCAUGACUAGAUGCUCGCCCGGAGGCGGGAGACGACCCGAGUCCAGAAGAGUCUAAAAGUCGUCUCUGAAGCCUGCGCCGGAGGCUGUUACCGUCGUCGGCCAGCUGUUUUCCUCACGUCCGAUCCAUUCGUUGUAAAAGGUUAUUUGUGCCUAUUAUCGAGUGCUCUUAGUAAAACAAGUAAAGCACCAAGCCAUUCUUUAAAAAAAAAAAGUAGUUUUCAAAUCUGACCAAAUCUUAGUACCGUUUGCUUCGGGUGUUGCAUCAGACUUCUUUCGCCGCAGCGGCUGAAAGGGGGAGCAGUCUUUCAGCAUGAAUUAAACCAAAGCCGUCCGCACAAAACGCUAGAGGUGAUUGGUAUAGAAUGGCAUUGCGUUGAUCAAAAUUUUGAAAAUCGAUUGUACCAGUAGACUUACUCUGCAAGAAAAACGGAGCGUUGGCUUUCCUUCUGCUGUUAAAACCAGAAUUGGCAAGUUAGUCUGGAAUAUGACAGUUGUGUAUGCGUUGGCCAUCAAGAAGUCUUCCCAGUAAUGGCAUUAAAUAUUGAAUUAAGCACUUGUCAUUCCCCCCCCCCCAUGUCAACGUACUGUUACUUGCUUCAUUUGCUUUCAAUAAAGUAUGUAAGGUAAAAAUCCUCAUCACAAAACCGAUUGUAUGAAGUUAUGAAAUAAAAGCAAUACUGGACACAAAA